AUGUCAGAAUUCCAAUCCUGUUUCGACCAAUGUCCCGUCAACCGGGACCAGCGAUGGACCCCCGGUCGAGUCCUCGAUUUCUGCGACCUGGUGGGCGUUGAUGCCGCACUCCCGGAAUACAUGGCGCCGUAUGCAGCACUUCACCGGCGUAGACACGAGGUAAAAGACGACAUGGAAAUCGAGGACGCCGUCACGAUAUACUCGGUUGUGACAACAAUCUACGCAUCACGAAUUACGUCUGCCGCGUCGACGACGGUUUCCGGCGAUGUUUAUUCUACAACAGAAGUUGCGCCGAGCGAGACCGCGAGAGUUGUCACGGUGACAGAGAUACAGAGCAUGAGCAUGAGCUCUGCGUCAAGUGAGACGGGGAUGGGCUCCACGUCGAGCCAAAUGGGAUCUGGGUCGUCGGGGCUUUCAACUGGCGCAAAAGCAGGGAUUGGCGUUGCGGUGCCUGUGGUUGUUAUAUGUGCCGUGUUGAUUGCGUUGUUUUACUUCAACCGGCGGAGGAAGAGAAAACAUGGCCCUGAAAACGGUGGCGAUGAGCAGGGAGAGGGAAAGGAAGCCGUGCAUCCCGAGUCGAAAUUCCCUCCCGUCCAAUUCCAGUCCAACUUGCCCUCCGAGAUAGACGGAGCUCCCGUCAAUGAAUUUGGCAACAGGCCGGUCGAAAGACAGCGGCAACAGCCGGUAUUUGAGCUCAGUGUUGGAACUAUCCGCGAGCCCAAGAGGAACAGAUCAGCGCAAGCUGAAGUUUCCAAUGUCUCAGAGGAGAACGGUCUUAAUGAGAUGAUGGCGGCAUCUUCCUCCACCGCAGGAGGUCCCUUGCCCGAACUACCUUCUCCUGAUUUCGGGGGAUCUCACGAUGGAUCAUCCGUGGUGAUGAACGAGCAAAUGUCGCUAUCGGAUCUGCACGAGGAAUUGGCCCGGGUGGCACGGAGUAAGGACAGACUUCAGUAUUUACAGUCGCUGGAAGAGAGAGAGGAGCAACUGCGGCAGCUCAUAGCAUCACAACGACAGGUAGAUGCGUCUAGCAUUGCCACUCACGGGUCUGAACUUAAUGGGAGAAACGUAUAGCGAGAGAUGACUUGCAGGGAGGUUGGAAUUAUGAGUCUAAUGAUAAUUACGGUAGUAUGCUCAUGGGCGAAGAUUGGUGGCUUUUUAUUAAU